AUGCGCUACGCUGGCGAAGUCGAGGGAUGGAUCAUCUUUGCAAUUGUGGCCACCAUUUGGGGCGGUCCUACUUAUCUCGAGUUCGCCAUCCGUACGCUCCGAUUGAUGAAAGUAUCGGUCCUCACCAUCACUGUUGUCACUGCCCUCUUUACUGUCGGAAGUGCUCCUCACAAUGUCUGGUUGCGAGUGUUGUGCAUGCCUGCUCCAGAGAUUCUCUACUGUCUUGGUGGCGUUCUGUUUCUCAUCACCUUGUAUAGUUACAUGGGCUGGGCAGCACCGUUUCGAAUUAGCUCAACGGCCAGAGGAGAAAAGGUACUGCCCGGUGUGUACUAUUUUAUCGAGGAUAUUGUGGCCGUCAAUCCCGGUGGUGGCCGCCCAUACCGAGAAGCUUUGUUCUGGUCCAUCACAGCCCUGAAUCUCGCCAUUCCCUUGACCAUCAUCUCAGUCAUUCCUCAAGUACCUGCAACGGUUGCAUACGGCGUCGCUUGGAUAGUCCCCUUCAUAUGGACCACCAUCUGGGGCAUCAUCACCAUUCAGUGGUGUAAGAGGGAUUUAGCUCGAGAAAGGCGAGAGUGGGAGGCAGCCAUUUCGUGCGAAAAAAGGCUUCAAGAGGAAGAGCCAAAGAAAUAUAGAUGUGGUGAUGGUACCGAGUGUUGA